AUGCCCCCUCCGUCAGCUCCACCAAUGCAAGUCCCUUCUUCUGCUUCUCAGCUGCAGGCACAGGGCAAACUGGUGACCACACUGGAGAAGCCGGUGCUCACCGUGCACCCUCCCUGGGUCACUAUCUUCCGGGGCGAGCGCGUGACGCUACACUGUGAGGGCCAUCAUCCCCUGCUGCUGGAGCUGCGCCCGGUCAGGACAUUGUGGUACCGCGGCCACCUGCUCCUACCCUCACAUAGGACCAGCCUGGAGGUGCAGGCCCCGGGGACUUACCGCUGCCAGACGCGCGGUGCCCCGGUCAGCGACCCAGUGCACCUCUCGGUGUCUGACGACUGGCUGAUCCUGCAAGCACCCUACUUGGCGGUGUUCGAGGGGGACCCCUUGGUGCUGCGGUGCCGCGCGCGGGCCGACCGGCCUCUCCAGCGGCUGCACUUUUACCACGAGGGCCGCGCCGUGCGCUACUUCCGCGCCGGGGCCAACUACACGGUGACACAGGCGCGUGCCGGCGACAGCGGCCACUACCAGUGCUCGGGCACGAUGCGUGUCCCCGCCGAGACCGAGAGCGUGCCCCUGUUCUCCGCCAAGGUGGCUGUGCGCGUGCAAGAGCUGUUCCCGACGCCGGUGCUGCGGGUCAAGGGCCGGAGCCCCGCGGGGGGCCUGGUGCUGCGCUGUGACACGCGCCCUCACCCGGACAAGCGCGAGGUGCCGCUGCAGUUUGCUUUCUACCAGUAUAGCCGCGCCUUGCGCCCCUUCCACUGGGCACCCGAGCACGUGGUGCCCGCGCCCGACGCUCAGGAGCUGGACUCUUUCUGGUGUGAGGCGGCCACCGCCACCCGCAGCGUGCGCAAACGCAGCCCCUGGAUGCAGGUGUCCAAUGCGGCUUUACCUGGGGAUGAGAUGCCCACCCCCACGCCAGCAGCAGCUCGAGGGGCCGUGAAGUCGCCAUCCAAGAAACCCCCCAGAUCUCGAUGGACAGCAGUGGUCUCCACUGUCCCCAACACCAUCUCUGCAACCGGUCGAGCCCCAAUGGCUGGUGCUCUGGCCUGCACCCCGCAGGGGCACCCCGGGGCCCUGAGCACAGACCUGGCCCUUCUGUUGCAGCAGAUGCGAGAGCUCCAGGCCUUCCUGAGUCGAGUCUUGCAGGAGAUAGGCGCCACCAGCCAUCCGGAGCCCUCAGAGACCCCCCAGAGCCUCCAGACCACCCCUGUCCUCACUACAGCGGGCAGCUGA